AGAGAGAGAGAGAGGGGUUCCCCUCACCUCACACACACACACACACACACAGAGCUGACAGAGUGUGUGAGUGCGAAGACGAGGACCACGUCGAGGAAGUGGCGCAAAUUUCGUGUCUCAUAAAGUCUCAUAAAGUGCCUGCGAAUUUUGUGAACUGUGUAUAAGUGAAAUGACCAGAUUUAAGGACUGAAGUGCACAGAGAUCUGCGCUCCGCUCUGUGCGCACUCACGGCGGGUUCUGGGUCUCCAAUGCCUAAAGAGUACAGGAGAAAGACGUCCAAGGACUCCGGGCUCCCUGGGACUGGAGUAAACGAGGGGCUCCGCUCGGAGCGGAGGACAGUCGCGAAGUCUUCGCAGAUCUGCGAUGAGCUCCUUCAAAAAGCCGCUCAAGUCUCCCCUUCGUCCGCAACCGGGGAGCCGACUGUGAUGGACGCGCGCCUGCCGGUACCGCAGGUUACCAUCACCCCCGAGGGAGGCGGCUGCUCCCGGGAGAUGCAGCAGGAGGACUGGGACGAUGCGGUGGACGGCACGCUGAGGCGAAAACUGUCCAACUCGUCCAUCUCGUCCACGGGCUCCUCUGUCGUGGAGUCCGAGGAUGAUUUACUGAGCGACAACGAGAGCAAAAGCAAAGGCAUCGUCACUCUGGAGCAUCUGGUGGACACUGGAGAGAGCAAGCCUUGGUGGAAGUUAAAGACAAUUGUUCACUGGCCGUUCAGCGCGACUCCGAGGAGGAAGGUGAACUGGGUUCAGCUCGCCGGGCAUAAAGGUAACUUCAAAGCGGCAGACGAGGGCACCAUUCUGAAGAAGUUCUCCGAAAACGAAGUGCAGUGCUUCGAGAAGCUGAGGAAUGACGCGCUGCUCCCGUUUGUUCCCGGUUACCAUGGCGUCGUGGAAAAAGACGGCGAGUGCUUCCUCCACAUGACCGACCUGCUGGCUAACUUUGACUCACCCAACGUCAUGGACUGUAAGAUGGGAGUGAGGACGUACCUGGAGGAGGAGCUUGUUCGAGCGCGAGAGCGGCCCAAGCCGAGGGAGGAUCUGUACAACAAAAUGGUGGAGGUGGAUCACGAAGGGCCGACUCCCCAGGAGCAUUCCCAACGCGGCGUCACCAAGCCUCGCUACAUGCAGUGGAGGGAGACCAUGAGCUCCUCCAACACCCUGGGCUUCAGGAUAGAGGGGACAAAGAAAUGGGACGGCACGUGUCGAACGGACUUCAAGAAAACGAGAUCGAAGCAGGACGUCGUCCACGUGUUCCAGGACUUUGUCGGAGAGAACGUCAGCAUCAUAAAGACUUACCUGAGCAGACUGUCGGAGAUCCAACAGGCGCUGAAGACCUCCGAGUUCUUCAAGCGACACGAGGUGAUUGGCAGCUCGCUCCUCUUCAUCCACGAUCACACAGGUAGCGCACAGGUCUGGAUUAUUGACUUUGGGAAAACCACCGCUUUACCGGAGGGCCAGGUGUUGAACCACGACAUUCCCUGGCAGGAAGGCAACAGGGAGGACGGUUACCUGUGGGGACUGGAAAACCUCAUGCAUACACUGGAGUCCGUAAGCGACAACGCAACCGGUGAACAAACCUGUUGCUUGGAUACCAAAGAAAAUAGUCAGACUAUAAAUGCAGCUGGCCAGUGACCUUUGACUUAUAAAUGCAUGCAAGGAGCUCUGGCUUUUACCAUUUCACGCUGAACAUUGGGUUUUAAGAGGAGCAGAUAACAUUUCACCAGUUUGAGCAGAUUAACUGACACUAACUCCCUCUUCCUAAAAAAUGAACAGAAGUGAAAGCGUGGCCUUUGUGCAUGUCCAUUUAAGGGAUGGGGUUUUAUUGUGAAAGAGGGAAGAAGAGUCACAAACUCACUCGUCUGACUUGGUACCGUCAGUGUAACAUCAGGUGUGAUGUUUCUCAGUCGGAAACUCUCGCGGACUUUACGAUCACGUUCGCUUUGUUCAACCGUCACAUUUAUAUUUCUAUCAUUGGUUUUUAUUCAGUGUGUAAAAUGUCUUCACUUCGCAUCAAAUCUCAAACGUCUGAUUAGCGGGAUGAUUCAUGAUUCAGCUCAUGCCUCGAGUGCGCUUGGAGAGGUUUUCUUUUUGGGAUAAUGCAAAAAAAAAAAAAAGACAUCAAUGCAUACAAUCAGGUGGUUUUACACUUUAAAGAAUUAAGUUUAAUUAUUUUAUCUUAAAUCGUUGCCAAAUUGAAAUCCUUUCCCCUACAUGUUACACACUGGAGCUUUGUAAAUAUUCUCAUAAUGUAAUAUAAUGAGAGACGUGGUGUACUAAUGAGAUUAAUGAAGAUGUACGUGGAAUUAAAAAGGGGGACAAUACAAGUAUUUCUUUUUACAAAUGUUCAACAGUAAAACACUAUAUUAGGGUCUCUUACUGAACCUCUGCCUUUCCUGUGUGUAACGGAUAAAACUUACACCGAUGAGAUGAAGAUAUACUGAUUUAUUUGGGGCACAGGUAGGUUAGAAUAAAGUGUGAGAGACUGUAUAUUGCAUAGAAUGUCUUACACUGUCGGUGGAGGCGGAACACCCACGGCAACUUAAGGAAUACAGGAAAAUAAAACUUUGAACUUUGACUGCAAAAUAAAAACACACAAGGCCUUAAAAAAACGACCACUGUAAGCAAGAAAAGGGUUUUUUUUCCCUCUAUAAAAGAAACUACGCAGAAAUCAAUACUUGUAAGUGGCACAAAUCUCUCACAAAUUGAACUAUGCUUUUAGUAAAGACGUCCAAGUGGACUGUUGAGCAACUAUGAAACACAUCAGCAAGCCUGAGAAUAAAAAAAAACAACAUACAGCGAGCUAACUGAACCAUUAUAUAUAUAUACACUAUAUGGCAAUGUUCAUUUAACAUUUUAAAAAAUAAACUAUCAACAUGUUUGUGGAGUACAACGAUUUAAGUGAUUAAAUAAGAAUAACCUGAACGUAUAAAUACUUAAACAUAAACAACCGAAUCUUUCAUUAACAUAGCAUCGGCACGUUUGCUAUUUCAAAGCUCACAUCCUCUCGCUGAGUAAACAACUACAUCAGCAUAUAUGCGGUGUAGUGCAUCGAAUGGCAGUGAUCAACUACAAGUACACAUUCAUCACAAACAAUAAAAAAAGUCAAAUGAAUGACAAGACGGCUACAAAUAGGUUAGUCCAUUGUCACAGGCGAGUAUAAAAAUAGCGAUAGCAAUAAUUUCACAGCUUGCACGGUCAUUGUCAAAGUCUAUUUUUGUAAAUUAAUGAAACCCCAUUCAGUCCAAGUAAAUAUUGUUACAUGGGAGACGAAAAUAAUCUAAAACAUGCAAAUUAAGUCAAAUUAAAUGUAUGUAGUUUGGGGGGAAACUCGACUUUUUUCCUUCUUUUUUUUCUCUUACAAAUAUUCAAACACAUCAUCCACACAGAGAUUUUAAACCACAACAAGGGAGACAAGAGUCAAAAAAUACUCAACGCCUAAAAAAAUUGUUAAACAAUAUAAUUGCUUUCAUUCUUAUGGAGUUAAAUGAAAAGAAUGAUAUACCACCACCCUGUCUGUACACACACUAUAUGGCUAGCACAGCUAGCAUUCCAUGUAGCUUAGCACAACAACUAAAAACACGGUACACACCUUGUUAACCCCCCAAGUUUUAGUUUUUGUCGAACAAAAGGACAGAAUAACGUUUCAAUUCAUGAAUUAAUGUGCCUUUAAAAGGUGCUGGUACAUAUUUUGCUACUGGUUCCAUUUAUGUCUCGUCUUUUCUUAUGCUAAUCAAAGUGACCGCUAGCUGUAGCUUUCGUAGUCACAGUACAGACGCGAGAGGGUUUUUUUUCCCCGACUUCUCAGGAAUGCGACGCAUCAAAACUGAAUAAACAACGGACACAGACAUCAGAAUAUUGUUUUGUAGCUUACCACUUCAACAUGUUCAACCAGAAGCCAAUGGACCGAAGAGGAGCGAUAAAGGCGUCUAUUUACGUCCGUUAAUCAACCUCGUCUUCAGUAGAAAUCCAAAAAGAUGAGGCACAGUAUUCUCAGGAAACAUGUUAUUGCAGUAGUUUGGGAGGAUGUGUUUUCACAUUAUUUGGGUUGAAAGCAAACCAGUAUUGCAUAACUAGCUCUACAAGCUCCUGAUGUAUGCCUAAAAAUCCUCGUACUAUAUUUCCACAAUCAAAAGAAGGUUUCAUUAUUUCCUACAAAAGUAAUUUUUCUGACUUUUCUCUGCUGUCAUAAAGGUUUCUAUUAAAUCACAUUCUUGGA